ACACAUUUGUUUUUUGUUUAUAUGUUUUCUUCUAGGAACGAAGCUUAUCUGGACCGAACACCCACGGGUGGGCGGGUCCGAUAGAGCUAGAGAGAGAGAGCGGGGGAGAGAGAGAGCGCGGGGGUUCCCUCCACCUGAGUCAGCGCGCAUGCGUGAUUCCCGCCGCUGUCAGCUUUUCCCCCGCACGCGCUGGCAGGUCGGACUCAGACCGUUGGAGACUUUGGCAGAAAAACACGGACCGUGGAUCCGGGAAUCGGUGUUUCUUCCCUGUUUCUGGCUCGUUUGAAGGAUUAAAACCGGGAGACAUUCAUUCCGGCUGCUGAUCUUCACCCGCUGAUGUUUCGAAUGACUCUUCUCCACUGUUACCAUGGUUACCCGUGAUCCUGGUGACCCUUCAGUCUGCUCCCGUCCAAUCAGACGUGGCGAUGCACGUCAUGGGCAGCGUCUCCCCGGCCAACGACAUCCAGGGGUUUUCCUUCCAGGAGGACGCAGCCGUUGCUGAGGCCAUGUCUCCGCCGUCCGCGCUCAGAUUUUCACACAACAGUAAAAAUGGAACCCAACUCGUAGAAAACCUUCCUCCUCCUCCUCCUCCUGCUCCUCUUCCUCCGCCGCCGCCGCCACCUCCUCCUCCUCUGCUGCCUGCAGAUAAUCCAGGUGGGAUGAAGAAGAAGAAGAGGGUGAGGAGUUUCUUCUGGAAAACGAUUCCAGCGGAGCAGGUCAAAGGUCACGCCAACCUCUGGACUCAGGGUCCAGUCCAGCAGGAUUUCCAGAUUGAUGUCCAGAAAAUCGAGGAGCUUUUCACGCAGAGCGACGGCCCGCCGGUUUCCACGCCAACCAGAGGAGGAAAAACCCGGGUGUCGUUCAGGGAGGCCAAAGACGAGGUCUCCAUCCUCGACUCGAAGCGAGGGCUGAACAUCGCAAUCUUCCUCAAACAGUUCAAAAGGUCCAAUCAGACGCUGGUGGAUGAGAUUCGCCAUGGCAACAGUGAAUCAUUUGGGGCGGAGCCUCUGAGAGAGCUGCUGAAGCUGCUUCCAGAAAAAGACGAGGUGAAGAAGCUGAAGGCGUACCGAGGCGACGUCUCCAAGCUCUCAUUGGCCGAUUCCUUCAUUUAUCUGCUGACUCACCUGCCCAGUUACUCGGUCCGCAUCGAGUCCAUGCUGUUAAAGGAGGAGUUUCCUGCUUCCUGCGACGCCAUGAAGCGAGAUUUUAAAAUCCUUCGCUCUGCAACCAAAGAGUUAAUGUGCUGUAAGGAGCUCCACGCUGUUCUGCACUUGGUGCUGCAGGCCGGAAACAUCCUCAAUGCUGGAGGUUCUGCAGGAAACGCCGUGGGCUUCAAGCUGUCCUCCCUCCUGUCGCUUGCAGACACCAAGUCCAACAAACCGGGGAUGAACCUGCUGCACUUCGUGGCUCUGGAAGCUCAGAAAAAAGACCAAAAGCUGCUGGAGUUUCCUCUGAAACUGAGUCACAUCCAGGCUGCAUCCAGGAUCUCCAUGGAAACGCUGGAUGCUGAACUGCAGCUGCUGACGUCUCGCACGCGCUCAGUAGAGGAGAGCAUCCAGAAAGACACAGAGCUGCUGCAGCAGCUGGACAGUUUCCUUCAGAGCGCCACAUCGUCGUUGUGCUCGCUGCGCGGCGGCCAGCAGCAGCUGAAGAAGGAAGGCAGAGAGCUGAUCGACUUUUUCUGCGAGGACAGAGACUCAUUCAGGCUGGACGACUGCUUCAGCAUCUUCCAGACCUUCUGCACCAAGUUCACAAACGCUGCCAAGGAGAACAAGGAGAGAGAGGCGAAGGAAACAGCUCGCCGUCAGCGGAUGCACGAGGAGGAGCUGAAGAGACACUCAUGGUCCGGAGGAGAGGAGGUGACCGGAGCCCUCGGGUGGCGCUGCAGAAGUGAAACCGACAUGUCAACAGCAGCAAAGGAUGAGGUUGGACUUCUACUGGACCUCCUGAACCCAAAGUCCCAGUCUCGCUCCUCUCUGAAUACCAAGCACGUCACUCGAGGACGUUCGGGGAACUUCCAGCGAAACCGUAACUCUCCAUCCAGCUCACCAUCUCUCGUUGCAGAGCGGGAACUUAGCGCAAUGUUGGAGAAAUCCAACGACCUCAGAGUUCCUCGGCAGAGAGGAAAGGAGGACACAAAGAAACAUUUCCCAUCAACCUCCUCUAAACUUGAGCCUGGGGUUUCAGGACUCUCUCCUACGAAGGUUUUAACCCACUCAGAGACCCCCACCAGAAGGAACCCUGAAAACAUCGAUGAAGCACGUAAAGAUGUAAAUAAAGAUGAAGCUCCAGUCAAAUCUACCUCUGAUUCAAAGCAACAGUCUGAGCUCAACAACAGUGGGAAUAACUCAACCAUCGUCAGCAGUGACGAAAAACUCCCCAACAGUCCGACUGAGUCUCGUUUGAGGAAUGAAACAGCUGAUCAGACUUCCAGAAGACAGAGUGCUGUCUGUAGCACCACUGCUGCUAAAGGAAACAUGUCUGUGCUUUUAGAGAGAUGCACCCUGGUGCCUGAGCUAAAGGUGUUUGACAGUACCACCACCACCCGGAUGGGCGGUGGCGACUCAUUAACCGCAGGUCCAGAAGAACAGGGAGCAGACAAACCUCAGAAUAACUCCCAGGAGAUUGAGAAGAACAUUGAGGAACAAGAAAAGGUGAUUGUCUGGUGUGUGACAGGUGUGUGUGAAGUAGGCAGUGAAAACACACCUCUACACACAGAGAAGGAUCAACAGGGAGGGAAGACUCAGGGAGAAAAGCAGCAAACUUCCUCUGCAACAUCCACUAGUUCAGAAGCUCAGGCAGAUGGUCAAACCACAGAGACCGUCCCAAUCAGCAGCCAACCAGUGCCUGUCUCCCGCUCUAAUAACCCUGGAUUACAUCCAAUAAUCCCUGCAUCACCCAAUCCAGAUCCCACUCUGACUGCAGAGGCACCUGAAAAAGCUAAAAUGAUUAACUCCACUGAUCAGAGGACAGAUGUGGCACCUGGCUCAGAGGAAACAUCUGAUAAUACAAACAUAAACAAGAAGAUUUUGAGGCAAAGGACAGUAGAAAGUUCUUCAACUGGUGGGAAAACAAAACCUGAAACUUCAACCAAAAACUCCACCAAGAAGUCCCUGAACUCCAGAACUGGAAAUACUGGAGUGAAACCAUCAAACACAACCUCUACAGGCGGCAGGUCGAUCCGCACUCUCACCAGCUCCGAGAACCAGAACAUGAGGCGAAUUGUACCAAUGACAAGGACCAACCCAGGUUCUUCGUCCAGAGAUAAAAAACCUGAAAAGCCUCCAGUGAACACCCGCAGCUCCUCCAGAACCACUAGUCUGAACAUCCCCUCCCCCCAUCAAGGAGAGAAACCCGGAUCUGCUCCGGCGUCCCAACGGUCAGGCUCCACUAAGACCCCGGAGUCCAAAGAGCAGAACCAGGACCUCGAGGGCAGGCCAUCCGUCCGGAAACCCCUAAAGAAACCCAAAACCCAAACAGAGGAGAAAAUGUGUCUCUCCAAGCUUCGAACUCUCAAUCAGGUUGGAGGGGGCAGCGUCAGUGCUCCUGUCACGCCUCUACACAAAUCCAGAACCCCAUCAUCAGCGCUUCCGGGUUUCACCAGAAACACAGCAUCUUCUUCUUUCAGAAGAACCAAACCUCCUCUGUCUCAUCCCCCCAACACCAGUUCCCCUAAAUCCUCCCCCAAGACCUUCUCAUCCUCCUCCAGAGCCACAGAUCUUCUGAACACCUCUUCCUCUUCCACUCUGAAGAGGUCUCAGAGCGCCAGAUCCUCUGCUCCGUCACCUCUCCACAGCUCUCUGGCGCCCCCUAAAGGCCACACGCGAAAUGACAGCGGCAGCGACAAGUCAACCUAUUCCAAAGACUGGAGCAAGGCCAGCAGACCGAGCUGGAGAUAACAAGAGAUGGAAACAUAAACUCUUGGUUUUUGUUGUUCCUCUGGAGGUCAAAGUGAACUGUAGAGUCCAGAUACAAACAGAGGAUUCUUCCUAAAACAAACAUUUACCUUAUUGUUCAGAAAUUGUUUCCUUUUCGUUUUAACUCCAACAUGUUGGAGGUAAAAUUAUGGAAACACUAAAUAUGUGUUCUUUGUACAAUCAGUACUAAUAAUGUGCUUUAAAACCCCACAAACGACACAUGCAGAGGUGAAGAAUAAGAUGUUUUCUAACUGAGAUAUUUAUGUAAACAUGGCAUUCAGUGUUGAAGAUUUAUGAACUAAAACUAACUAUAGAAUUAGACUUUCUUGUCUUUUAAAGCUGAUAGGCACCAAACAGUGUAAAGGGGAAAAUAUCCUAUUGUCUCAUUAUGUUGAUUAAAGUCAGUCCCAACAUUUGUCAGUAGGGGGGACUGUUUGCCUUUUAAACAUGUUCAUAUGAUCCUACAUUUUAAUAUCCGUUUCAUUUGAUCUCAAUAAACAAGAAGCUUUCUGUUUUCAUUCAAGUGAUACAUCAUGUACGUUGGUGAAAGUCUGAGUCUGAAUUGGUCCAGGUGGAAAAAAUGCUCUUGGUGUGGAAGGAUUUCUGCUAAUAUAGUCUUGCUAUCUAGCAAGGGGAAGGACAGAGGAAGGAGAAACCUUGGUUAGCUCGCUGGCUUUUUUGCAUCUAUCAUGGUUUAACUGAUAUUUCAGGGGCAUAAUGUUACACUAAACCAUUUAGCAGAAUCCAGCCUUUAAAUUAAGUUCAUUUAACCAGGUGGACAUGCUUAACCCCACUAGGGAUAAGCAUGUUGGAUGACAAAUGGAUUAAUGUUACUGCUUUCCUUCUGCUCAGUUGUGUGCAGCGCCAUCUGGUGGCAGCACCUCCACGGUCUUGUCAGUUUAUUGUCUGUUUAUAGGAGGUCCAACACCCUUGUCAAAUGAAGUCACCUAGUUCACAUCUGAAACAAUAUUAAAUUGACUUUUUGGACACA